AUGACCGAUUAUACUUAUCGUGACUACAUCUAUUCAUUUCACAAGAAAGAUAUUUUGAAAUCUUUGUUCUAUUUGUUUGGUGGUGACUAUAUCGAACUAGUAGACUACGGUGAAACUGGUCUUCUGGAAGAUGAUGAUGAUGAUGGUUAUUAUUAUUCUUAUUCGGAGAGUACUAAACCUAGUACGAUAAGCACUACCGAUAAGGACUCUAAGAGUUCAUCAACGAAUAAUUGGGGCAACACACUUGCUCCUUCAAUUUACUUAACCUCGUUUUUCUUCCUCUUGAAUAUCUGCAGUUUGUUAUAA